GGCAGCCGGGGCCCAGCGAUGGCAGCUGGGGCUGCUGGGUCGCAGGGAGGCCGCGGGGAUCAGGGUUUGGGGCUGAUCGGGGUGUAACCCCAGCCCCCCUCCACCCCACAGAGCAUCGGGGUCACCCCCUGCAGCAAUGUCUCCCGGGCUGGCUGAGAAGCUGAAUUUCAAGUGGAUAACCAAGGUCCUCUCCUGCCUGAGCCUCCUGACCGGGCUGCUGGCGCUGGUCUCCCCGUACUGGAUGGAAGUCGACAGUCCCGGGUUCAAGACCAACGUGGGGCUGUGGAACAUGUGCAUCAAUUGGUUCUGCAAAAACAUCCCUGUGGGGUCAGGUGCUGGACCCACAUCGGCCCCUGUGGCAUUCGAGGUGGCCAAAGCGCUGAUGACGCUGUCCACUCUGCUUGGGUUCAUCGCCGUCUGCUCCGUCCUCACCUCCUUCCACACCUUCCGCAAAUACAGGCUGGCCGCUGUCACCAACCUCUUGACAGGACUCCUCAUGCUCCUCAGCAUCCUCAUCUUCGGGUUGUCGUUCUCCAAGAUCGCGACCGCCUUCCACCCCGAGGUGGAAGCCCAUCGCGGCUGGUCCUUCUUCGUGGCCUGCCUGGCCUGCUUCCUCUUCCUGCUCAGCGGGCUCGUGAGCCUCAUCACCCACACCCAGUGCUGCGAGACGCCCACCGAGCACCUCAACCAAGUGGCCCCUCAAUGGGGCAGCCUCUGGCCCGGGUCCACGGCCCAGAUUCACCAGAACCAACCCUGCCAGGAUCUGCCCCCGCCGGUGUGAGGGCAGGGACCAGGUCGCUCUGUGUGUGUGUGUGUGUGUGUGUGUGUGUGUGUGUGUGUGUCCCUGCCACCCCCUGCUGGAGGGGCUGAG